CUGUGUGUUCGAUUGACUAAGCUUUUGUACACGUUUCCUUUAUUUGGUUUAAUUAUAAAAACUUUAAAAUGUUCCAUAUUUGUGCUAAAAAUUCUUAUUUAAAAAGUAUGACCUCUGCGAAUCAGGGUUUGAAAUCAACGGAAACCCAAAUAUCCUGAACGUAAAAUUCAAUAUUGUAAUUUAUUAACUUUUAUUCAGUAAUAUUAACUCGUUUUUCAACUGUCCCCAAUAUGUUUCUAUCCAACACUGAUAAGUGAGUCUGCCUUAUCAUUUCUGCUCAAGAUAAUAUCUAUUCAGUCUUAUUCACACCAAGUCAACAGGUGUCUCUUGAAUAUUUAAUAUUAUAUUUUUUUGACUAGUGAUCUGUUAUUUGCUCUAUUAUUUUGUGAAAGAAGUUACAUACAAGAAGUAAAAAUGGCAUCCAGUGACGCUGAGAUUAAGGAUGGAUUCAACUUGCCGGUCUGGAUGAAGAUGAAACCUACUAGAGAUUUCGAGCCUUUCGCCGCCUCUCCCCCCGGGCAGGAUGACGCCUUCUUUAUCCGAUACCCCAACACCAAAGCUAUGUUCGGAGCCAACCUAGAGCGGGACGUGGCGAAAAUCGUCAAAGAACCAACCGGGAUUAAAGAGAAGGAUUGGUCGAAGCACACCAAGCCGUGCCAAGACGUGCUCCACGGCAUCGCGCCAAUCAACACAGCUGCGAACCCGAUAUCGCCGAAGGUGUUGGGCACCGAUGAAGAGUUCAAGGGCGAGGGCGCCGCGUGCGGUAACUCCGUUGUCAAGGUCGCCCACCAGAUGAUCUCGUCCACGCGGUCCCCGCGCGGGUUCACGGUCGCGGCGCCGGCAGAGGAGCGGGAGGAGGCGGCCGUGGCGCCGGACGCGGCGCGCUACGACCUGCUGGCGCGGCGCGGCAGCCGCAGCCUGCCCGCCACGCCCGCGCACUCGCCGCCCGGCAGCCCCGCCUCUCGCCGCAAGAACAGGGGCAACCGCUACUUCACUUCACCGUUCGAGCCAGCGGACGACGCGACCCACCGCUCCUGGCUGACCAUGGCGCUGCUGGGAUUCAAGAAAGAUCUGACCACUUCCACAUCCACACUCGCCGAGGAGGACGCAAUCGAAGCCAGAUUACACGGUUCCCUCGCAGAGUCAGUGGAGAGCCUCGGUCCAGCGCCCCGCAACAGAGCUGCCCCCGCCCCUGCCGCGGCCCCCGCCCCCGCCCCCGCCCCCGCCAAGCCGGCGCCUGCCUUCCGCCCCCGCCCCUCCGAACUACGGGAGAUGAACUUCUGGUCGCCUACAUCUAUGUAAGGCUCCGACUUGAGG